UACAAAAUAAAGAAAUAGUAGCAAAUAAGAAGAAAGGAGAAUUAAUGAUAAAAACAAUAAAAUAUUGUAAUGGUGCAAUUUGUCUUUUCCCAAGUUUGAGAGAGGUGCCUAGAUAGGAAAGAGUUAUUAGUAUCCAUUCCUUCCUUUCCUUCUCCACCUCUGAGAAAAGCUAUGGCGGAAGGGAAACAAAAGAAGGGACUUGAAGGAACUGGUUUGGAUUUGCCGAAAAAUCGUUACGGCAACUUGAAGAGUGCUUCAACUGAUCAAAACUUGAAGCAUAUUCUUACAGAUAUCAAGACAUCAAAAACUCCUGCGGUCAUCAAUUAUGGUGCAUCUUGGUGUGGUGUUUGCAGCCAGAUUCUCCCAUCAUUUUGUAAGCUGAGUAACAAUUUUCCAAAGCUUUCAUUUAUCUACGCAGACAUUGAUGAAUGCCCAGAAACUACUCUGCAUAUUAGGUAUACACCUACCUUUCAUUUUUAUAGAGACGGUGAAAGAGUAGAUGAGAUGUUUGGUGCUGGAGAAGAACGCCUUCAUGAUCGGUUAUGGCUCCAUUCUUGAUUACAUUAUUUGUAUCAAACUUAUGUAAUCAAAAUUGUAUUCAUAUUCACCUAUAAAUGGCAUCCUCAGUUCAUGACUUUCUUUGUCUUUUUUAAUUAAAUUCUGUCAAUGAGAAAUAGUAAGCUUUGAAUUCGUUUACUUCCUUAUUUUCAUUUUGACCCUUUUGGGUGAACAAAAGCCGCAAAACUAACAUGCCCUCUUGAUAUUAAUGAACUAUUUGCACUUGUAACAUAAGUACACUUGCACUGUUAAAUGAGAAAACAAUUAAUAGUUGUAAAUCAAUUGAUAUUAUAUAGAAUUCGCAUUAAUGAAUCAGCAUAGUUUUCUCGAACAAUCACUUGCAGAAUGGAAAAAUUGGGGUAAAAAAAAAUCUUCAAAAAGAAUUACAAAAUGAGACAAGACUCGAACAAUUUGCUACCACCUUCUAAUCAGCUAAACUCAAAUGCACACAUCUCGUAUUGCCAUUCUCACUCAUUUACUUGUUGAGCUUUAGCAAUAGAAGUAUGCAUUGAAGUUUUCUUUAUUCUUCACUCUCAAGCCAAACCAUGGCUACGAUAAUAACCACUUCGACCUUGACAACCCUCUAAUUUAAGCCUUUGGCUUGAGGAUCUUCACUGUCUCCCAAGUGAAAUCGGGAUCAUCACGGCCAAAAUGACCAUAAGCAGCAGUCUUCUGGAACCUGUAGUUGCCUCCUCUCUUCAAGUCAAGGUUAAUGGACAUCAUCCCAGGCCUGAAGUCGAAACUCUCCUUGAUGAGAGCCAAUAUAUCUCUGUCUGGAAUCGUUCCUGUCUUGUAGGUAUCAACAAAGACUGACAGUGGCUCUGGCACACCAAUUGCAUAAGAAACCUGCACGAUGCAACGGCGGGCAAGCCCUGAAGCCACGACACUCUUUGCCGCCUGCCUUACAAUGUAAGCACCACUUCUGUCCACCUUGGUUGGGUCCUUCCCUGAGAAAGCACCUCCGCCAUGAGCACCCCAACCACCAUAGGUGUCAAUAAUGAUCUUACGGCCAGUAAGGCCUGCAUCUCCAUGUGGUCCACCAAUGACAAAUCGGCCUGAAGGAUUGAGGUGAAAGAUGGUGUUCUCAUCCAUAUACUGAGCUGGGAUAACAGGCUUAAUGACAUGUUCUUUCAGAUCAAUGGCGAUCUGUUCAUUUGUCACAGUCUCAUCGUGCUGAGUUGAGAUGAGGACGGUGUGGACUCUGAGAGGGACCAUGGCACCAUUGUCGUUCUUGUACUCAACGGUCACUUGGGUCUUACCAUCUGGCCUCAACCAGGCACAAGUCUUGUUCUUCCUCACCUCAGUGAGCUUAGCACCAAGCUUUGUUGCCAGGACAUGAGUGAGUGGCAUGAGCUCUGGGGUCUCGUCAGUUGCAUAACCGAACAUGUGGCCUUGGUCACCAGCUCCAAUCUCCUCAGGCUUCUUGGUGAGGUGACCAUGGACUCCCUGAGCAAUGUCUGGGCUCUGUUGCUCGAUGUUAACAAGGACCUUGCAGUUAUCAGCAUCAAGUCCAACAUCUGGGGAGGUGAAACCAAUUUCUCUGCAGGUGUCACGAACUAUCUUUUCGUAGUCAACAGUAGCCUUGGUGGUGAUCUCACCAAACACCAUAACCAUGUUCGUUUUGGUAC